UCUAUUAUUAGUGUCCUUGCGGCUAUCAUCAACUGAACAUCAAAACUGAAUUCGUGCACAGAAUUGUCGUGUACAGAAUUGUUACCUUCGCUCAUAUAUCCAGCAUUAUUUCUAAGUGAAUAUAACGGUUAAAGUAUUUGAUAACUGUCAAUUACAUCAAUAUAUUAUGUCCCACAUAACUACAAAUUUGUAUAGAUUUGAUGAAUUAUACACAGAAAAUAAUUAUAAUCAGUUUUUCAAUCCGAAUAUCUGUCAUGUCUGCAAGAGGCCGAAUAAAAGCGAAUUAAUUCCAUGUGGUUCGUGCGACAUGGUUUUUUAUUGUUCCACGGAGCAUCAAAUAAUGCAUCAAAGCUCGCAUAUGGAAGUCUGUGCAGUUAUUCCAUUUGCAAGAAUAGAAGACUUGGAAUUGAACGCUCAUCCUUUUAAGUCAGAUGAUAAAUGGAGGUCAUUUCGAAAGACAUUUAUGCAAGAAAUUCGGAUGAAAAUAACACGUGAUCUAAUGCCGUACGAGAAAGAGAUGAUAAUGCGCGCAAAAUCAUGUCUCAUUUGUCAUCAACAGAUUAGUCUGCGAACUUGCAGGACCUGCUAUUCCGCCAAUUAUUGUGACGUGCACCAAUUGGAUUUUAAAAAAAAACACGUGUCAAUGUGCACGAAUUUAUUGAGAUAGAAAUAUGAAAGUUUGGAGUGAGAAAUCUUAUUUAUAUUCGGAUUAUAUGUCAGCUCCACUGACCCUAUUUUACGGGUUAAAGGAAUUCGCAAAUUCAUUUGAAGAAGCACAGAUUUAUAGACCAGAAUAUAAUGUUACCGA